CGACAGCAUGACGGCGCGAGUCGCUGCAGCGCGUCAUGGGAAACAGCUCGAAACCGCCACGACCACAACAGACCCGAGCGAACUUAGCUACGUAGGCGCCGGGCUUAUGUUUCCAUCCUCCCAUGCUGAACUUUAUUCCCAAGUCUGAGGCUUAACGAGGGUUCAACAUGGCCCGCGAAAGCCAGCGUCCCGACGCGACGCCGACGCGACGAGCCUCGAGCGCCGAGCCAUUGGCCUCGGUCACCCGACGUUCUGUCCUCCAGACACCAGGCGGUCAAUCACGCGGCUUACCACGAGGUCUUUCGGCAUCGGGGCGGAAGAUUGUCCCCCCAACUGCGACACCCCAUGCGCGUGCCGCCUUCCGGGCUAUCGACUCGCGCCGGGCAGCGAUCCUCACGCCGCACCGCGCCCGGCGCAAGAGCCUGCGCGAAGUCCGCGACUCCCCGCGAGACUUUCUCUUAUCCCUGGGACGGGUGCUGGCGCGCAACACCGAGGUGAUCACCACUUCCUCGUCCUCGUCGCCCGGAGAAGAUGGCAAAGGGCCCGGCUCAGACGGCGCGGGCAACGAUACAACGCUGAGCACAAUCAACGUCGAAGAUGACGACGACGACGAGGAGCUUCCGAAGCGUCCGCGGCUCUCUCUCCCUAUUGACGAGGAGGACGACGACGACAGCGACGAUCUCCAGCCGCACCGCUCGGUGGUGUUCGACGACAAUGACAACUUCACAAUGCAGUCCAUUGAGAUGCCGCGGAGGGCUUAUAGCGAGCAGCCCGGUGGUCGGCUUUCGAUGGGCAGCGCGCGGAUGAGCGAUUACUUCAACACCAACGAUAUGCUACACAGCGAGGAUGUCGGAGUGGACUCUGGAUUCUUUCCGCCGACGGCUGUGAUGGAGGAAGGGAACGUCACGAUGGGAGUGCUAGAUUUAUCCUCCCCUGAACGGCUGGAUUCGGACGUGGGCCGGCGCGAACUUGGCCGCGAGAGCGACUUUGGCAUCGAGAUACCAGUUGGAGACGUCAAUGAGAGCACGUUCAUAAUUGCACCGCAGGUUGAUGAAUCGCCGGACCGAGCAUCAGCCGGCGAUGACCAACCUAUUCACGUUGACUACGCGCCACUGGUUGACCAGCGAAGCGACGAUUUUAACGAUGCCGAUUUGGGAGAAAUGCCGGCAUUGGAAGAUGAGCCGGUGGACCAUCCGACCUCAGCUCUACAAGACCACGACCAAGAGCAGACCGAGCUCGGACCCGCGCUGGCUAGGAUAGCUGCAACGCGCGGGUCAGGGAAGAAGGUCGUCAAGGUGUCUAAAUACGGUAUCGAGUACCCUUCCCUGCCGCCGGCAGUGGUAAAGCGACUCGCCCAAAACUUUGCCAGGGCCAGCGGGGCAAAGGGGAAGAUCACUGCAGAUGCCAUGAAAGCGAUCAUGCAGGCUUCGGAUUGGUUCUUCGAACAGCUGGGCGAGGAUCUCCAGGCCUAUGCAAAGCACGCCGGCCGCAAGACCAUUGACGAGAGCGAUGUGCUCACUCUCAUGAAGAGACAACGCCAGAUCAAUCCAAACACUACGCUAUUCGCCCUCGCACAACGGCACCUUCCCAGGGAGUUGCUGCAAGAGCUUCGCAUGCCUCCUCCCGUCGUGCCGAGAAAGCGACGCAAGGACAAGGGCGGAGCGGAAGACGAUAUCACCUGAGUUCCCGUGACGAGCUUACUCGAGUAUUUUUACCACCGUGUGUUGUGGCGAACACGCUGGGCUGCGCCGGCUGCCGGCUUCUUGACCACCAUGUAGAACAUUAUCGAUGUGGCCACGGCGAGACCAUACCUGCGCGAAUCAGUUGGCUGCCGCUGUCGAGGGAUGAGAGGUGCCAAAACACCCGGGGGGGGGGG